AUGAAGCUAAUCCUUUCGUUGAUGAUUUGCCUCUUUGGCGUGGCUCUUUGCUCAGCUGAAAAAGUGAAGCGGGAUAUUCUCCCGGGUGAUCCAAGAUAUGGAACUGGACACCAUCAUGAUCAUCACCACGGUUCCGCACCGGUUCCAGCGGCUGUUUAUGGACCACCGAACCACCAGGCUGGAGCACCCCUUGGUGCUGGUCAUCACAGUCAAUCCACGCAGCAGAGCCAUCAAGUAAGCGCACCUUCUUCGACUUAUCUGCCAGCAAAUCAGCCACAACGUCAGGCAGCUUCGACCUCAACUCAGAACCAUUACCAGCCACAGGCUGCCCCAGCUCAGAAUCACUAUCAGCCACAGGCUGCCCCAGCUCAGAAUUAUUAUCAGCCACAGGCUGCCCCAGCUCAGAAUCAUUAUCAGCCACAGGCUGCCCCAGCUCAGAAUCAUUACCAGUCACAGGCAGCCCCAGCUCAGAACCAUUAUCAGCCACAGGCUGCCCCAGUUCAGAAUCAUUACCAGCCACAGGCUGCCCCGGCUCAGAACCAUUAUCAGCAAAAGGCUGCCCCAGCUCAGAACCAUUAUCAGCAAAAGGCUGUCCCAGCUCAGAACCAUUAUCAGCAACAGACAGCUCCAGCUCAGAACUAUUACCAGCCACAAACAGCUCCAGCUCCCCAGGCUAACCGAGGUUAUCUAGCUCCUCAACAGUCCGCUCCAGGUGUUCAGCGUCAAGCUGCACCAGCACCUCAACCAUCUCGUCAGUACCUUGCUCCCCAACAGUCACGUACUGCCCCAGUUGUUCACCAGCACGUACAGUCAGCUCCCCAGGGUGUACGCCAAUACUUAGCCCCUCAAGCCCCAGCACGUCAGGCCGCACCUGUCCAACACUACAAGCCUACACCAGCACCUGCACCAGUUCAGAACUACCAGUCUGCACCAGUUCAGAACUACCAGCCUGCACCAGUUCAGAGCUAUCAAUCUGCACCAGUUCAGAGCUAUCAAUCGGCACCAGUUCAGAGCUAUCAAUCUGCACCCGCACAGGCACCACUCCAGAAUUACCACUCUGCAGCUGUUUCAACCCAAAGCGUCGAAGUUGACGCUGCAUCAGCACCAGUCGAGCAGUCCCAGACAUCCGGCCAAUCAUCCAACUACGAAACAAUCAGCUUCAGUCAAUCGGCACCACAGGUGCAAGACUCCAGCGUCAGUAGCCACUCCUCAAGUCAAGGCUCUACUCAACUCAUUGGAUCCAACGGUGGAUACGUUUACUAAAAUGGAUGUUGUUUGCCCUAAUCGACGCCAAGUAUUUGUAGGCGCUAUUCGCUAUUAAAUCUAACAAUGGCAUCCAUUCAAAAGUGAUGACUGUGUAAAAAGAUAACUCCGCAUUUUUGUACGUAAAUAAAAAUCUUUUAUUACAAAUAUA